AUGCCAGACAUUAUCUUUAUUGAAGAUACAUCGUACUUCGGGUUUGAUGCUCUGUUCAAGAGCGCUGAUCAAAGCUUCUGCUUUCACAGUAUCAAGGAUGGCUUCCACUCAUGCGGGCCAUGGUACACCGAUGAAGCGGGUGGUCAUUGUUGGAGCAGAUAUCUGCAAAUCGACCCAACUGUCGAUCUCACAAUCUUUGACUCGGAACGAACCGUAGGAGGUGUCUGGUGCAAAGACCGAUGCUUCCCAGGAUUUUUAGCCGACAGUCCAACCGGUCUCUUCGAUUAUUCUGACCUUCCUAUGCGUGAUGUUAUUGGGUGCAAAGACUGGGAAGACCUUCCAGGGAUCAAGGUGUACGAGUAUCUUCAAGCAUAUUCGGAGAAGUUUCAUUUACUUGAAAGAUUGAGAUUACAGACACGGGUAUCAAGAGCCUCUCGAAACGUCGAUAAGAAGAGAUGGGACGUUGAAAUAGAAGGUACAAAAGAAGUGAUCACGUGCGACAAGCUGAUUAUUGCUGUUGGAUUAAACUCGAAGCCAAAUUGGCCUGAUCUGCAACUAAAAGACUACAAUGGACUCCUCUUACAUUCCAAAGAUGUCGGUAUACAACAAACAAAUCUCAUUUCCGAUAAAGUCAACCGAGUUACGGUGUAUGGCGGAUGCAAGUCUGCGGUUGACACCAUCAACCACUGUGUCGAAGCAGGGAAAACAGUUGACUGGGUAAUCCGAGAGGAGGGUAAUGGUCCCGGAAUGAUGAUCCAAUUUAAACAAUAUGGUAUCCAUGGUGCACGAUUGGCAGGUCGGUGGAAAAGCAUCAUGUCACCCUCAAUUUUUGCAUGCACCGGCUGGUGCUAUGAAUUCUUCCACAGUGGCAAAAUCAAACUGGGAAACUGGAUGUUCUCUCGAUUCUGGGAGAAAGCUAGCACAGCCCCACUUACAAUGGCCCCGUACAAAAAGAAGUGUUCGAAUACAGAAAAGCUUAUGCCAGAGACAAGAAAUGCGCUUUUCUUCACUGCAAGUCUAUCUGGUCUCCACGACGAGAAGAUAAAAGUGUUUUUGAAGGAACUCCAUGAGGAGAAGCUUAUCAAAGUCCAUCGCGCAACCAUUACCUCGAUGUCAGGAAAUCAAGUCACACUCUCGAAUGGCGAAAUUCUUCCUUCGGAUGCUGCAGUGUUUGCAACGGGAUGGGAUUAUCGCACGAAGAUCUUUGACCCUGCGGAUGCCCUUUCCGUAGGAUCCACAGCACCCCUUCAAGACGAAGAUGAAAAGACACGAGAAUACUGGGAGACACUCCAUCAGAAAGCCGACCGAGAAGUUACUGAACUUCUUCCGGUCCUAGCGCACCCACCACCUCAUUACGAACGCCCAGUUACCUACACACCUUAUCGCCUGUACCGCCAUAUCGUUCCAUCUCAACUCGCAGCUGACAAUGACCGCUCCCUGGUGUUUCUCGGUCUAGUAACCAGCGUCCAGACCUCAAUCCAUGCCGAAAUAUCUGCAUUGUGGGGAAUAUCAUGGAUGGAAGGGCUGCUGGAUCUUCCAAAUAAGGCUGAGAUGGACUAUGAGAUUGCAAAAGUCAACGCUUGGUCUGCACGUCGAUACUUAUCCCGAGGACGAACGAGACAGGUCGCCUCGGCAGAAAUCCAAGAGGUGUGUGACUUGUUGAUGGAAGAUAUGGGGCUUAGAGUAAAGAGGAAAAGCAACUGGUUCUCCGAUGCCUUUUAUCCGUACACUGCUCAGGACUAUAAAGGUAUCGUGCAGGAUUUCUUGGCAAAAUCCAGAGGGAUUGGUGUGAAUUAG